CGGACUCCAGAGUGCAAACCACCUUGCCAAAGAGAAACGUUCUUUGUCAAGAAGUGCAUCUACCCACGUCUAUCAAUAUGCAGAAGUACUUGUUUGGCUUUUUGUUCGUGGCGGCUGUUGCCAUUGCCGCGAACGCAGUUCCCAGCGCAUACGUGGCCCCAUUGGCAGCUGCACCUGUCAAGGCGAAUCUGUCGCACAAUUUGAUUCUUGGGAGCCGACUUCCUGGUGACAGGCUGAUCAUCAGAGAGAACAUCAUCAAGCCUUCGAAGUGGCUCCAGGUAAUCACCGUAGAGAGGACCUACAACGCCUCCAAGUACGAGCGCAUCACCCAGGUCAAGGCUUUGGACCAAAAGACCAACGGAAAUGGGGCUUACGCGACUCUGAAGUAUGGAGGUCCAGGAAACCAGAACGUCACUUUGAAGUUCAAGAGCCAGAGGGGACACGGCAUUAACUUCGUCGUUGAAAUUUACGCCCGGUACUAGAGAAAUUCACGACACGACGCAGGGCUAUGAAAUCCGGCAAUAAAAACGCGGCAUGUCAUCAUUGUGGUCUAUGUAUGGUGUCGAGGAGCUCAUGACUGAUUGGACGUGUUGGAGUCAUCACCCGGUUCAGUCAUCAUACAAAUUUGGACAGCACCUUCAUCGAGACUUCCUGAAGUUACGUGGCUCUUAUCAUCUUCUGUAAAUUGGGCGACAUUUUGAAAACAAUUGUACGAUGGUGGGAAUGUAUAGACUGUAUAAAUUGGAAUAUACUCGCUUGGGUUGUUGAUCGUAGAGGAGCGUUUCAGAAUCCCUAGAAGUCUGUCCAAUGGGAAUCAGUGAAUUUUGGGGGAAAAAGAAGUUUAAACUGGACGCGACGUAAGUGCGCAAUUAGAACGGCUGCCACUUCGGUGGAUGCCAGUCACGUCUAGUACGAGGAAUAAAUCACGUUUGGCUUUGGAAUUUUUAUCGUGCCCUAUCACAUGCACUUUUUGUCCCAUUUCCACGCACGUACAGAUCGUAACUUGUUCCUCUCGUCGAACCUUUUUCUCCCGGGGUCCCAUUGAAUUCCAAACGAAACGAUCCCACCUACGCUCAGGACCUUAAAUCUGCCAAUAGUUGCCUAACUUUCUAUUUUUUCACCUAAGCACCGAGGAUGUAGGACUUGUCUUAUUGAAAGAAUAAUAAACAUAGUAAUGCGCUGAA